AAGCAACGAAGGAAUACCAAGUGAAGAAGCUUACGUCUUUCUGCAUUAUCGCUCCUUUGAAUUGGUUCAUUUCCCAAUCGAAAGGAUCACAAUCACGAAUUCCCCAAACAUGGAGAAAGCCAUUAACCGACAGAAGGUUCUACUUCACCAUCUCAAUCCUUCCUCCUCCAACGUCGACUUAUCUUCAUCUUCAUCCAUCUUUGCUUCAGUGUGUCUUGCCGGGGACAGUGCUGCUUAUCAAAGGACUGGUGUAUUUGGGGAUGAUGUUGUAAUUGUGGCAGCAUAUAGGACUGCCAUAUGUAAAGCUAAACGUGGUGGUUUCAAAGACACCCCUGCUGAUGAUCUAUUAGCUCCUGUUUUGAAGGCUGUAGUAGAGAAAACCAACUUGAACCCGAGUGAAGUUGGUGAUAUUGUUGUGGGUUCUGUAUUGGCCCCUGGUGCUCUAAGAGCUACAGAAUGCCGAAUGGCUGCAUUUUAUGCUGGUUUCCCUGAAACUGUCCCUGUUAGGACAGUUAAUAGGCAAUGUUCAUCUGGGCUUCAGGCUGUUGCUGAUGUAGCUGCAUCUAUAAGGGCUGGGUUCUAUGAAAUUGGUAUUGGUGCUGGUUUGGAAUCUAUGUCAACUAAUGCAAUGGGAUGGGACGGAGAUGUCAAUCCUAAAGUAAAACAGUUUGAGCAAGCCCGAAACUGCCUUCUUCCAAUGGGGGUUACCUCUGAGAAUGUUGCACAGCGUUUUGGGGUGUCAAGGAAGGAACAGGAUCAGGGUGCUGGAAAAUUUAAAGAUGAGAUUAUACCGGUUUCCACCAAGAUUGUGGACCCCAAAACUGGUGAUGAGACGCCUGUGACCAUUUCCGUUGAUGAUGGAAUUAGACCUAAUGCCUCAGUGGCUGAUCUUGGAAAGCUCAAACCUGUGUUUAAGAAAGAUGGAUCAACCACUGCUGGUAAUUCGAGCCAGGUGAGUGAUGGUGCUGGGGCUGUUUUACUGAUGAAAAGGAGUACUGCAAUGCAAAAAGGACUACCCAUCCUUGGCGUUUUCAGGUCAUUUUCUGCAGUUGGUGUUGAUCCUGCUAUCAUGGGUGUUGGCCCAGCUGCUGCAAUUCCAGUUGCUGUAAAGGCUGCAGGUCUAGAGCUUGAUGAUAUUGAUCUUUUUGAAAUAAAUGAGGCAUUUGCUUCUCAGUUUGUAUAUUGCCGGAACAAGUUGGGACUCGAUGCUGAAAAGAUCAAUGUUAAUGGUGGUGCAAUGGCCCUUGGACAUCCUUUGGGUGCAACAGGUGCGCGAUGCACUGCAACGCUGUUGCAUGAAAUGAAGCGCCGCGGAAAAGACUGUCGGUUUGGAGUCAUUUCUAUGUGCAUAGGAACUGGAAUGGGGGCAGCUGCUGUCUUUGAGAGAGGUGAUGGUGUUGAUGAGCUAAGCAAUGCGCGAAAAGUGGCUACCAACAACCUUCUAUCCAAGGAUGCUCGUUAGAAAUUUGUUACUCCAUCGUCGUUUGGUUUGGUGAUCGUUAAUUAAAAAUAAAGCCUUGUUUUGUGAUAUUGAAAAUGUCAUCACUUGAAGAAGGAUUUAGUCCUUUAUAUUCUUAAUAGACGUGUUAUUUUUAUUGUUUAGACUUUAUCUGCAAAGUCACUAUAGUUUAGAAAUAUUAUUGUAUUGAAAGGAAGGGCUCAAGGAAUAGAAUUUGUAACGAGCAUUCGGUGCAUGGGACAAUGCUAUCACCCAUAAGCAUAAGUUUUUAUUAAAUCUUAGUUUAAAUUUACAUUGAUAACUUAUAUUAAAUCUGCACUUUUAAAUUA